AUGACUCUCCACGUAGCCACAGUGGUUUGCGACAGAUGUGAUGUCCAGUACCAUUUAGGAAAUAAAUGGGUGGAAAAUAUAGCUGUGAAAAUACAGUUCUUCACACUCUCAGGUCAUGACUUUUGGAGGGUGCAGCUGGCCGAUUACUGGAAGUCUCAGCCAAAAAAAUUCUGCGAUUACUGCAAGUGCUGGAUAGCAGACAACAGACCUAGCAUUGACUUUCAUGAAAGAGGAAAGAAUCAUAAAGAAAAUGUGGCAAAACGAAUUAGCGAGAUUAAAAAGAAAAGCUUGGAAAAAGCCAAAGAAGAAGAAAACAUGUCAAAAGAAUUUGCAGCAAUGGAGGAAGCCGCAAUGAAAGCAUAUCAAGAGGAUUUGAAAAGGCUUGGAAUUAAGCCAGAUGAGGUAGGUCCCAGUUCGACACAGAGUAAAACACAGAGUAGCACUGUGGAAACUAAAGGAAAGAAAGAGAAGAAAGAGAAGAAGGAAAAGAAGGAAAAGAAAGAAAAGAAAAAAAAGACACCCGAGGAUCCCUCAAUGCCACCAAAAAGUGAAACCAAGGAGUGGGUGCAAGGACUUUCUCCCGAAGGCUAUACAUAUUACUACAAUACAAAAACAGGAGAGUCACAGUGGGAGAAACCUAAAGGAUUCCAGGGCAGCUCUCAAAAGAGUUGAACAGGAGCAGAGUGGGUAGAAGGUGUCAGUGAAGAUGGUCAUACCUAUUACUACAACACACACACCGGAG